CCUUCAAAGCCGGAACACUUCCUGAACCGGUACCUCAGCCGUAUAUAAACCCGCAGCGCUUCUCAGCAGGGAGAGGGAGAGAGAAAGAGCUCUCGAGUUCACAGAGAAUCAAAGCUGCUGCUGCUGGACAGACUGAGGCAGUAAGGAGAAUUGUUUAUAUCCACAAGCUGCUCUAGCAUCUCUUGGAAGAUUGUGCAAAAGGAGUAGAAACCUCUCGCCACAUCCCAGCCAUCAAUCAUGAAUGAAAACCGCUUGGCUAUCAACAUUCUGCUCUUGUGUAUAUCCUGUGGAGCAAGUGCACUGGCAGCCUUCAGUCCCACUGCCUCUUCAUCUCUUCCAGCAACCAAUUUCACUGAUAUUGGCUCUGCGCCUCCAAAAUAUCUCAGCGAGGCUGCAAACCUUCCCAAGACCAGACGGAAACGUUAUAUUUCCCAGAACGAUAUGCUUGCGAUACUUGAUUACCAUAAUAAAGUCAGAGGGAAAGUUUUCCCCCCAGCCUCAAACAUGGAAUAUAUGGUCUGGGAUGACACUCUUGCAAAGACGGCUGAACAGUGGGCAUCCACGUGUAUGUGGGAGCACGGUCCUCGCAAUCUUCUUAGAUUUCUUGGUCAAAACCUUUCAGUCCGAACAGGAAGAUACAGGUCCAUUUUGCAGCUGGUAAAGCCCUGGUAUGAUGAAGUGAAGGACUAUUCUUUUCCCUAUCCUCGAGACUGCAAUCCCAGAUGUCCCCUUAAGUGCUACGGGCCUAUGUGCACUCAUUAUACACAAAUGGUGUGGGCAACCUCAAAUAAAGUAGGAUGUGCCAUCAACACAUGCCAUAAUAUGAAUGUUUGGGGCUCAGUAUGGAAGAGGGCAACAUACUUGGUGUGCAACUAUUCUCCAAAGGGGAACUGGAUUGGUGAGGCCCCUUAUAAAGUAGGUGUUCCUUGCUCCAUGUGCCCUCCGAGCUAUGGAGGAUCAUGCAGUAACAACAUGUGCUUUCCUGCUGUGAACUCAAAUUACCUGCACUGGUUUAAAUAAACACAGACAGACAGAAUGCACAUGCCCCAUCACAGAGACACUGUCCCUCAUGGGAAUUUGCACAACAUUCCUGUAACACCCUGUUUUUGUUUUUUAAAUAUAUGGGCCAUAUAGGACCAUGGGUUGCAAGGCAGCAUUUUUUAAAGAUAUGUACAUAACUUAUUUUUCAAUGUUUAUACCAUGUAUUAUAUUGUUUUGUGUAUAAACCCAAUGGUUUAUUUCCUGAGAGGGAAUCUACUGUGAUCUGUCAAGACAUGAUUGGUGCUUACAGUAUUCAACUGUAAAGGCCCAUUCACACCAAGGACGAUAAAGAUAUAGUUCUAAAAAUCGUUCUCCAUAUUAAAGAAUCCACACCACAGCUAUAACGAUAAAGACACCGAGAAACGAUAUCGUUGGAAUCCCUUUCAGAAUGAUUUUUUUCCAUCUGAUGAACGAUACAAACAUUGACACCCAAUCAGAAACCAUCGUGCUAUAACGAGCUUGAAUUUAAAGCGGCAGACGACCCUGCACUUAGAAUAAACAGAUUAUGUUGGCGCCAAUAGCCUUGUAGUUAGUGCGCCAACAUAUAGUGCAACUGCACUCACGGCGACCCAAGUUCGAUUCCCGUCUCGAGGUCCUUUGCCGAUCCCGCCACCGCCCGCUCUCUCUACCCAAUGCUUUCCUGUCAGCUCUCUACUGUCCUGUCCCAAUAAACGCCCAUAAACAGAACUUAAAAAAAGAAUAAACCGACUAUAUCGUCCACUGGUGUGGUCGCUAAUGUCUUUAUAGUUAUCGUUCUUGGUGUGAACAGGGCUUAACUCUACUCAGAGAACACAAGGCGCAAUUGCCAAAACUCCCAUCAGGCUUUGUUGGCAAGUCUUAACGUUGCAAAUUGUCUAUAGUGCUAGACUAGUCUUAAUAGUCUUAAAGGGCUAGUUGACCCAAAAUGAAAAUUCUGUGAUUUUACUCGUUCUGAACUCAAAUGGCUUUCUUUUAUCUGUGGAAGACAAAAUAAUAUAUUUUGUAGAACUCUUCAGCUGUUUUUGUGUAUAUUAUGAAAGUCAGAAAAGUCGUAUGGAAUUUCACACCUCCUUUUUGGAGUUUGAAAGUUUUGGAACCCACUGACAUUAAUUGUACACACAAAAAUUACUAAAACAUUCUCCGUUUCCUUUUGUGUCCCACAGAAGAAAGUUUGUCAUUUUAUUCAUCUUCAUGUCAUUCCAAACUUGUAUGAAUUUUUUUUUUAUUUAUUGUUUUUAUUCUGCAGAACACAAAAUGAGAUAUUUUGAAAAAUGUUGGUUGCCAAACCGUUUCGGUUUCCAUUGACUUCCUUUGCAUGGACUAAAAAUAUAAAAGUCAAUAGGAAACAUUAACUGUUUGGUUACCAGCGUUCCUCCAAGUAUGUUCUUUUAUGUUUUUGCAGGUUUGGAACAACAUGAGGGUGUGUGAAUAAUUUUUCAUUUUUGGGUGAACCGUCAAUUUAAAUCGGUGUAAUCCGUUUACUUUAGUUCAUGCAGCCUGUUUUGUGUGAUGUCAUAUCUAUUAAACCUGGAGGUUGACUUUUGGUGCUUCAGUUCAGAUGUUAAGCUAGCUCUUCUUGAACUGAGCUGGGACACAACAGUACUUCGCUGGUUUGAAUACACUCACUUGCAUUCUUGGUAAUGCUUUGCUUUUGGUCUUCCUUUUUGGAAGGUUUCCACAUGCUUAAAGCCUACAAACCUCUUCUUGGGGCUUAGAAAUUGUGGAAUGUUGAUUAGAAAUCAUUUGGAAAAAACUGCAUUUUGCAACCCCAGAAAGAACAUUUAGUGAGAUUGCUAAUCAUGCUGUAACCUCAUGAAAUGUUGAGGCAGAUUAACAUGGAAACAUGUUUAAUGUGUAAGUGCACCUUAAAAUGUUUUUUUUUUUUUUUUUUUAAUGUUUCUAUUUAGAAAGCUGUCAUUAAUGGUGAUUUUUAUCAUUUGUACAUACUUUUUAUUAUGAUUUCAGCAGUAUAGUCUCUACAAUGCAUGCAUAACAGUGGCACACUAUUGCAUUGUGUAGAUUUCACUCUUUGAACUGCAUCACACAAGCACUUAGGAAAUCUACCAAGCAGUACUCUGCGGUAAUCUUGACAUGGAGGAGGGGAUAUAAAGAGCUAUUUGUCCCUAUUCAGCAUGGUCAACAUGACUUCAUUUAUUGAAAUUGUAUUUUGUGUUAAAUUUUGUUCUGUAAAAUAUUAUUUUUCAAUUUUGUCAUAGACUGCAUCUUUUACUGUUUAUUUGUCUUUGCAGACCUUUUUUUUUUUUUUUUUUUAAAUGUGCUAAACAAGUUAUGGUGCUAGAUUUAAUGAGCAUAAUGUUAAUUGUGUAUUUGCACCUAUUGUUAACACAUCAUAUACAGUACAUAAAUGGCUACUGUAUUUCAGUAACACUUUAUUUAUCAUUUGAAAUAAGCUGUACAUAGCCUUUUUGUACAAAUCUUUUUUUUUUUUUAUAUAUAAAAUUUGUUAUUUAAACUUGUAAUUUUGUGUCUCAUUGCAAAGCGACAACACUGUCUAAAAGUUUGGGGUCAGUAAU